AUGUCCGAUGAAGAAAACCCCCAACCGGCCUCCUCCUCCCCUGGGACCGCCGCGGUGGGUGACCACUCCUCAAAGUCAUCGCGGAUCGAGAGGCACCGCCGGGCCCAUGGCUACACAUCCGCCCGCGUCUCGCUCAAGGAGCGGCUCUCGCACUUCACGUGGUCAUGGUUCGAGUGCACCAUGUCAACGGGCGCCAUCGCGACCCUGCUCGGCCAGCAGCCGUAUACGUUCAAUGGACUCGUCGCUAUCGGCAAGGUCUUCUUCGUGCUCGACCUGGCCCUCUUCGUGCUCUUCUCGGCGCUGAUCACUGCGCGGUUUCUGAUGCAUCCCAGCGCCCUGAAGACGCCGCUGCAUCAUCCGCACGAGAGCUUCUUCUUCGGCACCCUCUGGGUGUCGCUCGCGCUCAUCCUCUACGGAAUCCAGGAGUACGGCGUGCCGGCGACGGGGCCGUGGCUCGUCCGCGCCCUCGAGGUGCUCUUCUGGCUGUACGCGGCCUGUGCGCUGCUGGUCGUUAUCUUCCAGUACCACGUCAUCUUCGACGAGGAGGAGCUGCCCGUCCGGGACUGCAUACCGGUCUGGAUCCUCCCGGCUUACCCGUUCCUGGUCCUCGGGCCCCUGGCGGCCGUGCUGGAGUAUUCACAGCCGCAGCCUGCCGCGACGCCCAUCUUGAUCAGUGGCCUUGUGUUUGAGGGGCUGGGGUGGAGCGUGGCUUUCAUCAUGUACACAGUUUACUUCACGAGGCUGAUCAACAGCAAACUGCCAUUCGAGUCCAAGAGGCCUGGCAUGUUCGUCGCCGUCGGCCCGGCUGGAUAUGCGUCUACCACCCUCGCCUCUCGAGGCAUGCAAGCCCCCAUAGUGAUCCCGCCUAAUUACCUGGGCAUCACCUCGGUCCCCACAGGCGACCUAUGGAAGGCCUUCGCUGUUCCGGCCGCCAUGUUCGUGUGGCUGCUGGGCUUCUGGUUCUUCGCGCUGGCGACCGUAUCCUGCCUGAAGGGGGCGCGGGCCAUGCACUUCACGCUCAACUGGUGGGCAUUCAUCUUCCCCAACGUUGGACUCACCAUCGGCGCCAUCUCCAUCGCCAAUGCCAUCGACAGCUCGGGCAUCAAGGGACUGUGUAGUGGGCUAAGCGUCCUCCUGGUGGGCUAA